GGGGGCCGCCGGCCGCUGCUGCGCCCCGCGCUGCCUGCGCCGCCUCCCGCGCUCUGCUCGCCGCCUCGCAGGACGGUGUGCGGCCGCCAGGGAUUAGCCUCGCUCCGGACGCGGCCGGGCGCCCCGAAGGAGGUGGAGCGCGGUGCCAGGGGGCGGGAGGGGAGGGAGGGAAGGCAAGCUGCAGAGGAGCAGAAAGGAGGCGAGGCCGGGGAAAGAGGGAAACUACGCCCGACAACUAGGGAGGGGGCGAGAAAGAGAAGAAACCCACCCACCCACUCAGAAAACGGAAAAGAGGAAAAAAAUCUCGUGUGGCGCGCCGCCUGGUUAUCGGGCAGCCUCGCCAGCAGCAGGGGGUGGGAGCCGACGCUGCCGGAGAGCGAGCAGCCUGGCAGGCACGGACAUGGUGCUCCUGGCGCAGGGCGCUUGUUGCUCGAACCAGUGGCUGGCGGCGGUGCUUCUGAGCCUGUGCUCUUGCCUCCCGGCUGGGCAGAGCGUGGACUUCCCCUGGGCGGCCGUGGACAACAUGCUGGUGAGGAAAGGUGACACGGCGGUGCUCAGGUGUUACUUGGAAGAUGGAGCAUCAAAGGGUGCCUGGCUCAACAGGUCAAGUAUCAUUUUUGCUGGAGCUGACAAGUGGUCAGUGGACCCUCGAGUUUCCAUCUCCACGUUGAAUAAAAGAGACUACAGCCUCCAGAUACAGAAUGUCGAUGUGACAGAUGAUGGCCCAUACACCUGUUCUGUGCAGACCCAACACACACCUCGGACGAUGCAGGUUCAUCUCACUGUGCAAGUUCCCCCGAAAAUAUACGACAUCUCAAAUGACAUGACCAUCAAUGAAGGAACCAAUGUCACCCUUACUUGUUUGGCCACUGGGAAGCCAGAGCCCACCAUUUCCUGGAGACAUAUCUCCCCAUCAGCAAAACCAUUUGAAAAUGGACAAUAUUUGGACAUUUAUGGAAUUACAAGGGACCAAGCUGGGGAGUACGAAUGCAGUGCCGAGAACGACGUGUCAUUCCCAGAUGUGAAGAAAGUGAGAGUGGUCGUGAACUUUGCACCCACAAUUCAGGAAAUUAAAUCUGGCACUGUGACCCCUGGACGCAGUGGACUGAUACGAUGCGAGGGUGCAGGUGUGCCACCGCCAGCCUUCGAGUGGUACAAAGGAGAGAAGAGGCUCUUCAAUGGCCAACAAGGAAUUAUCAUUCAGAAUUUUAGCACAAGAUCCAUCCUCACAGUGACAAAUGUGACACAGGAGCACUUCGGCAACUAUACUUGUGUGGCUGCCAACAAGCUGGGCACAACCAACGCGAGCCUGCCCCUCAAUCCUCCAAGCACAGCCCAGUAUGGAAUUACUGGGAGUGCCUGCGACCUCUUCUCCUGCUGGAGCCUUGCGUUGACACUAUCUUCUGUCAUCAGUAUAUUUUACCUGAAGAAUGCCAUCCUACAAUGAAUCUAAAGACCCAUGAAAGGCUUUUAAGGAGUCUCUGGGAGUGCUGAUGGCUGGAUCCAAUCUGGUGCAGUUAGGUUGAAGCAGCGUGGGAUACAAUCGGCCGUCUGUAGCGGGUGACGCCUUUUGUCUGUGGAAUCGAUGGUUGUGUAAAUACUUUCAUUCUCCUCUCCUUUUGGUUAGACACACGACCUUGUGAAGCACUGCACAUUGUCCCUUUUUUAAGAUGUGAAAGGUCUGAACUUAUUUUAGAGGAUAUUAAUUGUGAUUUCAUGUUUGUAAUCUACAACUUUUCAAAAGCAUUCAGUCGUGGUCUGCUAGGCUUCCGGCUGUAGUUUACAUAACAAAUAUUGCAGUGAACCCAUGAUUCUUUAAGGCUGCAAUACAAGGGUCCCGUGCCCUGUUUCAAUAAGAGUCAACCCACAUUUACAAAGAUGCAUUUUUUUCUUUUUUGAUACAAAUUCAAAUAAUAUUGCCUUCAGAUCAUUUCUUCAAAAUAUAACAUAUAACUAGAUGUCCCUGCUCGCAUGACAUCCAGGUUUUGGAAAUGAGCCUUGUAAUAUAACUCGCUAUGCUUCUCCUUCUAAUUUCAGCAUGGGUGUGCCUUCAUAAAAUAAUCUCUUUGUCUCUGACAAAUACAUAAUGUUUUCCUAAACCUUUCAAUUUGGAAGCAAAAAAAAAAAAGUAAUUUAUAUCAAUAAGCUAAACUCCACUCCAUUUUGCGGGGCCAAGAAGCUAUUAGGCUGUGUCUUGUCAUCAACCAUGGGGCCUGCGAACUUUGCCCACAGCAUCUAAGUUUUCAUGACAAAACAAUUUAAUAACAGGAUUGAAGUUCCGGUUAAAUAUCAGUGCCACUGUGGGAAAGCAUAACCCAUCGCAGGAGAGCACAACCUGUUCUAGACCCCUGGUAAAGCAUCAGUCUCCUGCACUAUUCAAGUUGAUACCCUAACACGGAUUCUCUGCAUGAACUGCAGCUCUAUCACCCAAGAGACGAGAGGCUGUUAGUGCUCAGAUUAGGCUUUGACAUCAGUAAGUUACUGUGACAGAAACCCUGCAGACUUUCCAUCUGAUUUUCCCGUCCUUUGGUUGAUAGGAAUGCAUCUUAUGUUCUUUAAAAUUCCAAAAUGUGCUUUAAAAAAUAUUGUGCAUCUAUGCACAGCUGAUCAGCCCUGAAGUAACUAAUUCUCCACCAAAAUCUUGUUAGUCAUUACCACUCAAACUGAUGCCAAAACUGAAGACUCACCAUGCUUCACUGCAUCUUACAGGA